AUUUUAUUCGAUUUCCAUAUCACUCCACAAAAACAAAAACCCUAAUUUCCCUCUCUUUCUCCACUCUGCAAAUUUUUCCCUCGUAUAUUUUGAAUAAAUGGCGGCGGCGGCGGCGGGAGACGGCGGAACGGCGACUUCCUCAGCCUACGGCGGCGGCGGAGCAGGAGGAAAGUUCAAAAGACGGCCGUUCCGUAAGAACCAAUCUACACCGUACGAUCGCCCAUCGACGGCUCUACGGAACCCUAGUUGGCUUACAAAACUCGUUGUAGAUCCUGCUACGAAGCUCAUAACUUCUAGUGCUAAACGGUUCUUUUCUUCGAUUUUUCAAAAACGUCUUACCGCUGCUCCAUCGCCAUUGCCACGUCAUCCAGAAGCAAGACAAGAACCAAAGGAUGUGCAGCAGGAGUCUUGUCCUAAUGAUCAUGCUGGAGCAGUAGUAGUCACUGGACAUGAAGUUUUCGACGCAGCAUGCAGCACCGAGGACAGUGCAUUCUCAGAGCUUGAGCAACUGUUAAAACAAAAGACAUUCAGCAGAGCUGAAAUUGACCGCUUGACAGAACUUUUGCAAUCCAAAACUGUAGAUACUCCUGCUGGGAAUGAUAAGAGCGUUGUUGCUACUCCAGUCGCAAGUUGCAGAGUUCCUAAAGGGAGUGCUGCAUCUCCUGCUGAACUUGCAAAAGCUUACAUGGGCACUAGGCCAUUAAAGGUGUCGCCUUCAAUUCUGAGUUCGCAAAGUCAAGUUGUGAGAGUAGAUACGCCACUGCUAAAAAAUGUAGCAUAUUCCCAAAAUGUGCCUAUUACAUCAAUGACAACAAAGAAUGCUGGUGUUGUUGGGGUUCGAGCAAAUGGAUUUACCACUCCAAGGUCUCGUGGAAGAUCUGCAAUAUACCACAUGGCUCGCACGCCGUACUCCAGACUUCGUCAAACUGAUGGUCAAAUGGCUAAUAGCUCCACAUAUAAUGCUCGUAGCGGACCUUCUUUAUCUGAGUCAGUCUUGGAGCAUGAUGGAUAUUUUGGCUCUAAACAGCCCCUCAAACGGAGAAGCUCUGUUCUAGAAGAUGAUAUCGGAUCUGUUGUCCCCAUGCGUAGGACUCGACAGAAACCGAAUCUCCUAUCUCAUGGAGUUUCAUGUCCUAGUCCUGGAGAUAAUGAUGUGCCUACAAGGUAUGUUCACGUCCCUCCCAAGCCUAGUGAGACAGCUGCAAAGAUAUUGGAGCAUCUUGAAAAUCCGACCCCAAAGGAGAAGUCAUCAGAAUCGAGACUAGCUGCAGGGAAAGAUAAAACACCCAAGAAAUUGACACCGAACAUGCUCCGUGGACAAGCUCUUAAAAGCUUGGAGUCUUUGGAUUCGCCCAAGUUGCUACAGAGUGCUCAAGACAGCCAUAAGUUGGAGAAUUGGUCUAAAGUUGUUCCAACCAAUGCCCAUGAUUCUAGUUUGCAGAAGCAAGGCAAAAUAGAGCAACAUCGGCAAAAUAAAUCCAUCAACGGGUCAAUUGUUGUAGCGAAGAAUAAUGAAAAAAAAUCAUUUGAAGAUGCUCAACAUGCUCAACCAGGUGUGGAAACUGCUGAUUCACUGGAUCAACAGUCUUCAGCUCAACCUCAGAAGAAGCACGCUUUUAGGAUGAGUGCACUUGAGGACUCUUUUGAGAUGGAUGAGGACAUAAACUCUGACAAGUCUGCAUCUCAAUUGGCUGAAGGGGGAGAUAAGAUGGGUAUAUCUGGUGCUGAAAAGAAGUCCCUGUCUACUGAUGACGCCCUGAACAAACCUGCUGCUCUUUUUGAAACGAAAGCCACCCUGGGGAUUUUGAACAAAAGAACUGAUAUGGAGUCUCCUGAUGCUGCUGUUGUCAGUGUCAACGGCACUAGUUUCCUGUCCAGUUCCGAUCCCCUGUCACCAGAGGUUGUCCCACCAUCAUUUGGAUCAAACAAAUCAAAGGAGUCAAGUGGUGACAAGGUCCCAGCACUUCUAUUUUCAUCGUCAGUCCCUCUCUCAGGAUCAAGGCCAGAAAGCUCGAGCAGCUUACCCAACCCUGCUUUUGGCCUGGCUGGUGCUCCAUCGGAACUCGUGGAGUCGGAUAACUCACAGAAGGAUGGGGAGAGCAAUGGGAAAUUAGAACCUUUAUCAUCUGGUUUAUCACCUUCAAUUUUAUUUGCUGCUCCAUCAAGCACUUCUAGCGUCAGUAAUGGACAGUUCGCACCUAGUCCUGCUAUCUCAUCCACCUCUCUCUUGGCUUCAAGUAAUUCUCCAAAGGAUGUUCAAUCUGGCAGUUCAGGUGAGGCUGCCCCUUCCACAAGCAUCUCAGCUGCUGUUGGCAGCACAACAGGCAACUCUAUUACCUCAGGUGGCGGUCUGUUUGGUUUCGCUGCAGCAUCUUCAGUAUCGACUGAACCUCUUGUCAAAUUUGGGACCUCUGAAGUUCCACCAGUAUCAACAGCUUCCAGUGCAGACAAUGCAGACCUGAAAACCAAAGCAACUAAUUUUGGCAACUUGAGCAGCAGUUCACCUUUUGUGGGCUCAUCAUUUGCAUCUACAAGUCCUGGAAAUAGUAUUUUUGGUUUUAGUUCAUCAGGAAUGUCAACAGUUACUACAGCUAGUGUCCAGUCUCAGAGUGCUGUUUUCAGCACUGGAGCUCAGUCACUUGUUAGUGCUCAAACUUCUCAUGCGGGAUCAGACAAUACCAGUGUCUCACAGAGCGGUCCUGCUCAUUUUGCAUCAUCUAGUACAUCACCAGAAGUGGUAAACUCUGGAAUGACAUCUUUCUCCUCAGUUGGUUCUGCUUCAAGUAAUACAGGCAUAGUUUCUGCUGCUGCUUCAAAUAGCACCCCCGUUAGCUCCAGUGCUGCUGCUUUUGGAAAUUUUAGUGUUGGGGCAAGUUCUUCAGCCUCAUCUACGGUGGGCAGUUCAGUCGUCCCUAGUUGUGGGACAACUCAGCUGGCGUUCGCUUUUGGUGCUAGUCCUGCAGUUUCUGGAGCCACAACUGCACUUGCCACUUCCAGUAAUGCUUCUUCUGCUGUAUUUAGUUUUGGUAUUAAUUCUUCAUCUUCCUCGACAAAUGCCGUUGACACCUUUACCCGUCCUAGUCCUAGCACAUUUAAUUUUGGUGGUAGUUCUGCAGCUUCCUCAUUGAACAAUGUCAGCACGUCUAAUAGUGCUGCUCCUGGAGUAUUUAGUUUCGGUGGUGGUUCUUCAGCUUCUUCAACAAAUACUAUCAGCACCUUCACUAGUGCUCCUCCUGGCAUAUUUAGUUUUGGUGGUAGUUCUUUGGCUUCCUCAACGAAUACUGUCAGCACUUCUACCAUUGCUCCCGCCAGCGUAUUUAGUUUCGGUGCUAGCUCUUCAGGUUCGUCAACGAAUACUGUCAGCACCUCCACUAGUGCUACCCCCGGCAUAUUUAGUUUUGGUGCUAGCUCUUCAGCUUCGUCAACAAAUGCUGUCAAUGCCAGCAGCACAGCCAGUCCUAGUCCAUUUGCUUUUGGUGCCAGUUCUGCCUCUUCACAAACUCCCAGUACUGCUGGAAUUUUCGGUUCCAAUUUGCAGGCCCCAAAGUCUCCAGGCUUUAGUUCCCCAUUUAGUUCUGCUACCCCUACUGCAUUUGCAUUUGGAGCAUCUUCGUCUUCUUUUACUGCUCCAACCACCACAGCGGUGGUCUUUGGAUCAGCACCCAGUAGCACCCCUAGUGGACCAGCCUUUUCAUUUGGUUCAAAUUUGACAAACUCGUCUUCGCAGCCCAUAUUUGGGAACUCUACUUCUCCUUUUACUGCACCUCCCGGGAACAAUAACCAGAUGAACACAAUGGAAGACAGCAUGGCCGAGGACACAAUGCAUGCAUCUUCCCCCGCAGUUUCAUUUGGUCAACCUUCUGUCUCGCCCUCUCCUGGUGGUUUCGUAUUUGGUUCAACACCUAGCCCAUUCCAGUUUGGCGGCCAGCAGAGUCAGCCUGCUGCUCAGAACCCAUCUCCAUUUGCAGCAUCAGGCAGUUUAGGUGCUGGAGGAAGUUUCUCAUUGGGUAGCAGUGGUCCUGAUAAAUCAGGUCGAAAGAUCGUCAAAGUUAAUAGAAAUAAGAACAGAAGGAAGUGAAGUAAGUUGGCAGCAAUUGGAUCCUCAUGGUAGAUAUUGAUUGGCAAGAGGAUUAAUUUUUCGAUGAUAGAUCAGCAGCCACAGCUUAUGGGUUUGUGCAAUUUUCCAUUUUUUAAUUUUGGGCAUUGUAUCUGCAUCUCCAGGAAGUGGAAGAUCUUGUAAUCAUAUUAGGUUUUUUUUGGCCCAGAUCUAUGGCAUAAAAUUUCACAAUUUUGGACAACAUUUCUUGGUAAAGUGGUCUAUUGUAUGGGUCCGUAGAGUGGCCUGGUUAGCCUUUUUUUCUUUCUGUAUUCGCAUUCUGCACUUUUACAUGUAACAUAAUAAGGAAAUGUAUGCUUCUGUAAGGAAAAUUCUUUCUAUUGAGGAUUUGUUCCAACAGGCUGAUCCAUGAAUUAAAGUUUAUGGGCUCUGGAGUUGAAGCUAAUGAUUAUUGAAGUUUAUUAAGAUACUA